AGAGGCACUUCCGCCCCGGAAAAGCGAGGUUGCCACCAUCUUUUCGGUCGGGAGGUGAGUCAGCCUUGCUCCCCUCCACCCCUCCGAGCCUUUUCGGCCUGAGCGUGGGACUAGUCGCUACCGAGGCGGCCUUUUUAGGAUGGAGGAGUCGCUGCCGCCGGCGGAGGCCGAGAGACGGAGGGCAGAAGUUUGGAUUCCCUCAGCUCUCCUCCCCCACUUACCGAGCAGCGCUGCUACUUCUAUCGGAAGCCCCGAGGCACCCCGCGCUAGCGCCUGGGGAUGUCCGCUACGCUUGAUCCCGGAGACAGAGCCAGCCGUGCCGUCCCACCGCGUCCUUUUCUUCCGCGUCCCUGGGGUCGCAAAGGGGAGAAAGGACGGACUUCUUGGCUGCCCACGGCAUAGCCCCGGGUGCAGGAAAAAAGGAUUCCUGGCUCUUUGAACUUUCCAUCUGCUGUUAAUCCGGGGAAAACCUCAUGAGUUAUGCCUUCUCAGGACUCUGACCUUUCCGAGAAGGAGCAGGAGAAAAUGACCAAGUUUCAGUGGAGAUUAUGGGAUCGAGGUUGUGUGUGUUUGAUGUCGUAGGAGGCAGUGACGUUCAAGGACGUGGCUGUGGUCUUCACUAUAGAGGAGCUGGGACUCUUGGACUCUGCCCAGAGGAAGCUGUACCGAGAUGUGAUGGUAGAGAACUUCGAGAACCUGCUUUCAGUGGGACAUCUUCCCUUCAAGCCAGAUAUGAUGUCCCAGUUGGAGGCAGAAGAAAAGCUUUGGAUGAUGGAAAGAGAAACCCAAAGAAAUGGAUAUUCCAGUGAGAACCAUGUGGCUGUUCCUUCAGGCAGCAAGAAUCAAAAGGAGAUGGAGACUCUUCGAAAAGUUGCAUUAAAAUACCUUUCACACGAAGAACUAUCCUGCUGGCAAAUCUGGAAGCAGGUGGCAAGUGAUUUAACCAGCUGUCUUCAGAGGAAGCGUUCCCAGUUACUCCACGGUGAUUCUGUUCAGGUUUCUGAAAGUGAGAAUAAUGGAAUGAAUCCUAAAGCAGGUAGCUCCAGUUACACUGCAGGUGUAUCUAUUUUGAGAACUCAGGAUUCUUGUGGGAAUACCUACCCGCGUGAGUCACCGGAGCAGAGUAGAGGUCAGCAAGUAAAUGUGAAAAAUAACCUGAGUAUAUGUGAGGCCUUCAUGAAGCAGUCACUUAGUGAUUGUAUUAGCACUGGCACAGAACAGAAACCCUAUGAAUACAAUGAAUGCGACAAAAGCAUUUGCGAUGGUUUCAGUCGACAUGUACCCCCGGGAGGGGAUCUCUUUCCGUGUCGUGAGUGUGGAAAGGGUUUCAGUUAUAGCUCAGUGCUUCCACUUCACAACGUUCACCCAGGAGAGAAAUGCUCCAGGCGGUGGCCACACCUGCAGGCUCUUCAGAGAAUUCGCCCAAGAGAGAAACACAGUAAAUGUCAUGAACCUGGCGACUGCUUCGGUAAGAGCGCUUUUCAUCCUCAUCAGUCUAACCACACAGGGGGAAAGUCCUACAGAUGUGACAGUUGUGGCAAGGGAUUCAGUAGCAGCACAGGCCUUAUCAUUCAUUACAGGACUCACACCGGAGAGAAACCUUACAAAUGUGAAGAGUGCGGUAAGUGCUUUAGCCAGAGUUCAAAUUUUCAGUGCCAUCAGAGGGUCCACACUGAAGAAAAACCAUACAAAUGUGAAGAGUGUGGUAAGGGCUUCGGCUGGAGUGUUAAUCUUCGUGUUCAUCAGAGGGUCCACAGGGGUGAGAAACCCUACAAAUGUGAGGAGUGUGGGAAGGGCUUCACGCAGGCUGCACACUAUCACAUACAUCAGAGGGUCCACACUGGGGAGAAGCCUUACAAAUGUGACGUCUGUGGUAAGGGCUUCAGUCAUAAUUCACCGCUAAUAUGCCAUCGGAGAGUCCACACUGGAGAGAAACCAUACAAAUGCGAGGCGUGUGGGAAGGGCUUUACCCGUAAUACAGAUCUUCAUAUCCAUUUCCGAGUUCACACAGGAGAGAAACCCUACAAGUGUAAGGAGUGUGGGAAGGGCUUCAGUCAGGCUUCUAAUCUUCAAGUCCAUCAGAACGUCCACACUGGGGAGAAACGAUUCAAAUGUGAAACGUGUGGGAAGGGCUUCAGCCAGUCAUCAAAGCUUCAAACCCAUCAGAGAGUCCACACCGGAGAGAAGCCAUACAAAUGUGAUGUGUGUGGUAAGGACUUCAGUUACAGUUCAAAUCUUAAACUGCACCAGGUAAUUCACACUGGAGAAAAACCAUAUAAAUGUGAGGAGUGCGGGAAGGGCUUCAGCUGGCGAUCAAAUCUUCAUGCUCAUCAGAGAGUCCACUCUGGAGAGAAACCCUAUAAAUGCGAGGAGUGUGACAAAAGCUUCAGUCAGGCCAUAGACUUUCGGGUACAUCAGAGAGUCCAUACUGGAGAGAAACCGUACAAAUGCGGUGUAUGUGGUAAGGGCUUCAGUCAGUCCUCUGGUCUUCAGUCCCAUCAGAGAGUCCACACUGGGGAGAAGCCAUACAAAUGCGAUGUCUGUGGAAAGGGUUUUAGAUACAGUUCACAGUUUAUAUACCACCAGAGAGGCCACACUGGAGAAAAACCUUACAAAUGUGAGGAGUGUGGGAAAGGCUUUGGGAGGAGCUUGAACCUUCGCCAUCAUCAGAGGGUCCAUACAGGAGAGAAACCCCAUAGGUGUGAAGAGUGUGGUAAGGCCUUCAGUCUCCCCUCAAAUCUGAGAGUCCAUCUGAGUGUUCACAUUAGGGAAAAACUAUUUAAAUGUGAAGAGUGUGGUAAGAGCUUCAGUCAGAGUUCGCGUCUUCAAGCCCAUCAGAGAGUACACACUGGUGAGAAACCAUACAAAUGUGAUGUAUGUGGUAAGGACUUCAGUCACCCUUCACGUCUCACGUACCAUCAGAAAGUCCACACCGGCAAGAAUCGUUAAAAGUGAAGAAUGUCUUAAUGGCUUCUGUCAGGAUGUACGUCGUCACAUAUUUGGAGGGUCGUUGCUGGUGAAGACCUACCUAUCAAGUAUUGAGAGUGGAAAGGGGUUGAUUUCUUCAGAUGGAAUCUUUCUAACAUCCAUUAAAAUGAUGACGUGGAACCAUAAUGCCAGGAAUGGAACUAAUAUUAAGGGGGAGGAAUAGCUUGUAACCCUCUUGGCAAGAUCCAUCUGCUAGAGUCUUUAAAAGUAAAUACAUGCCUAAAGAUACUGUGUGAAAAGGAUAUUUGCCAUAUAUAUACUAGCUAGUUUUUUGGCGGGGGCAGGGGUGGGGUGGUCAGGGAGGUUUCUGGAUUACUUUAACUUAUAUUUUAUACUUAUUUACAGUGACCAUUAUUUUUACUAAAGCUGUAAAGCUGUGAAAAGUGAAUAAAAUUACUGACUUAAAUUUCCUAUAACCAA